AGCAGUCGGCGCUGUCUGAGCCAAACACCUCAUACCACACACCUACAGCACGCAAACAGCUCACUUAUCCACUAUACAUCUCCCUUAAACAGAACUCAUCCACUGUCUUCCAGGAUGAGUUACACGCUGGAUAGUAUAGGGACCCCCGUUUAUCGGAGGGCAAUUGACUCUCGUACUAGCUUUAACCGCACCAGCGCAUCCCCUUCCGCUAGCUAUAGAACCCAGUCAUGGGCAAGGACAAAUCCGGGGACCACAUUUUCCACUUCCUACAAGAGAACCACCACGGUGCCUAGGGCGUACGGCUCCACUGUGCUGAGCUCAGCCGACAACCUCGACUUAUGCCCGCCUAUGUUCAACGGGGACUACAAGCGCUCCAACGAGAAAGAACAGCUCCAAGGGCUCAACGACCGCUUUGCCGGCUACAUUGACAGAGUGCAUUAUUUAGAACAACAGAACGGCGAGAUUGAGGCUGAGAUUCAAGCGCUGCGGCAGAAACAAGUCUCGCACACCCAUCUAAGUGAUGCAUACGAUCAAGAGCUUAGCGAACUCCGCUCGAUGCUGGAGCAGAUACACCACGAUAGGGCACAGGUUCAGCUUGACUCAGACCACCUGGAAGAAGACAUUCAGAGGCUGAAGGAGCGCUACGAGGAUGAGGCCCGCAUCAGGGACGAGACAGAAGCAACCAUCCGCGCCAUGAAGAAGGACACGGAUGAUUCUGCCCUUAUGAAAGUAGAAUUGGAAAAGAGAGUGCAGUCUCUUCGAGACGAAUUGGAGUUCGUGCGCAACAACCACGAGGAAGAGGUGAGCGAUCUUCUGUCUCAGGUGCAAGCGUCGCAGGUUACCGUGGAGAUGAAAGACUACCAAAAGACGGACAUCUCCGCGGCGCUCCGUGAGAUUCGCUCUCAGUUGGACGGCUACUCAUCUCAGAAUCUGCAGCAGGCUGAGGAAUUGUUCAUGUGCCGCUAUUCCAAGCUGACCGAAGCUGCCGAAGUUAAUAAAAGUGCUAUCAAUGCAGCCCGGAAUGAGAUCGACGAGUAUCGCCGCCAGAUACAGAAACAGAAUGUCGAGCUGGAGUCUGUGCGCAGCACCAAGGAGUCACUGGAGAGGCAACUGAAUGAUAUCGAGGACCGACACAGUAAUGACUUGAGUAGUUAUCAGGAGACAAUUCACCACCUGGAUAAUGAGCUGAAGGGUACCAAGUGGGAGAUGGCCCGUCAUCUGAGGGAGUAUCAAGACCUGCUCAAUGUAAAGAUGGCUCUGGAUAUUGAGAUUGCUGCAUACAGGAAACUUCUGGAAGGUGAAGAGACACGCUUCAGCACCUUUAGCCCCUCCUUCUCUUACCGCCAGCCCAUCGCCCCCUCCAAGAGUCCAAAAGCCAAACUUGAACCUCCCAAGCUGAAAGUGCAACACAAGUUUGUGGAAGAAAUCAUUGAAGAAACAAAAGUGGAGGACGAGGACUCAGAGGUUGAUGACUCCCUAGCUGCCGUGGCCGAAGAACUGGCUGCUGACCUGAAAGAAGGAGAGGAGGAAAAAGAGGGAGAAGGAGAGGAUAAGGCAGAAGAAGAGGUGGUUGCCUCCACUGAGGCCAAGGUAAGUGCCAGUGCCCCAGGUGACCAAGAAGAGGAGGAAGAGAAAGAGGGAGAUGAGGAUGAGGAAGGAGAUGGUGGAGAGGAGGAAGAUAGCAAAGUAAAAGCAGAUGAAGGGGAGGAUGAAGGAAAGGAAGAUGAGGGGAAGGGAGAAGAUGAGGAAGAGAAGGGUGAAGGCGAGGCAGAUGAAGAGGCAUCAGUGGUGGAGGAGACCAUACUCAGUGCCAAGGUCUCUAAAUCUGAGGCAGUACCCGAAAAAUCUGAGGAGGGCAGUGCUGAAGAGGGAGAAGAAGAUAAGGGGAAAGAGGAGGACAAAGAAGGGAGUGACAAAGGAUCUACCACUGGUGAGAAGGAGGAAGACGGAGCAGAGGAUGAGAGCAAAGACAUAGCAGUGAAUGGAGAAGUGGAGAAAAGGGACUCAGAUGAAGACACAAAGAAGAAAGAGAAGAAAGACAUUGAGAAGAAACAGGCAGGCAAGGAAGUAGUUUCCAAUGGAGUGAAGGAGAGUCCCACCAAAGACAGUCCAACCAAAGAGAGCCCCACCAAGGAGAGCCCCACCAAGGAGAGCCCCACCAAAGAGAGCCCCACCAAGGAGAGCCCUACCAAGGAGAGCCCCACCAAAGAGAGCCCAACCAAAGAGAGCCCCACCAAAGAGAGCCCCACCAAGGAGAGCCCCACCAAGGAGAGCCCAACCAAAGAGAGCCCCACUAAGGAGAGCCCCACCAAGGAGAGCCCAACCAAAGAGAGCCCCACUAAGGAGAGCCCCACCAAGGAGAGCCCCACCAAGGAGAGCCCCACCAAAGAGAGCCCCACCAAGGAGAGCCCCACCAAGGAGAGCCCCACCAAAGAGAGCCCCACCAAGGAGAGCCCCACCAAGGAGAGCCCCACUAAGGAGAGCCCCACCAAGGAGAGCCCCACCAAGGAGAGCCCCACUAAGGAGAGCCCCACCAAGGAGAGCCCCACUAAGGAGAGCCCAACUAAAGAGAGCCCCAUUGCAGAGAGCCCCACCAAGGAGAAGCAUCCCGCUAAAGAAGACCCUAGUCAAAAGGUGGUGAUUACCGAAACUGUGGAGACUAUCACCACUGGAGAAGAUGGAGCCAAACAUGUCACCAAAUCUGUUACUGUGACGGAGUCAGUGGAGGAAGUGGAGGACACAGUGGAGGAGAAAAUGGUCGCUACCAAGAAGGUGGAGAAAGUUACCACCCAAGCAAUCAGGAAAGUCACAGAAACAGAGUGAAGCAUUUUAAGCAAGUGUCAGAGGAUCAGGGGAUGAAAUGCAGGGGCUAUCCCAAAAAAAUGAGAAUAACAUGAUUUGAAG